AUGCCUUUCCCCCUACUUCGAGACCAGCUUCUGGACCCUAAUUUCUCAUACUUUCCUGGCUUCCUGACCCUCAUCAUGAGUCGCUUUGGCCAUCCUUCUUUUGCCCGUGAUCCCCUGCGGCACUCCAUCUCCUCGACCUCAGACACCUCUCCUUCGUCUGUCUUGGACAGUGCCAGUGUGUGCUACGGCAAUUCGCCCUGCGAGACCUGGUCCGACUCAAGCUCGAGCAGUCCAGAGGCGAUGAUGCCGUAUCAGCAACCCUGGGCCAUCGAGCCGGCCAUGAACUACUCCAUUAUCUCGCCGUCAACGCCAAUAGCGGACGGACUGCCCCGUAUCAUCCCGGGCGGCCACUCUCCUGAGUGGUCCAGCCCUGUGAUGCCCUCCAAUUAUUCUCCAACAAGGCAAUUGAAGACUGAGACGCGGCGGCUACCUGCUAGCAGGCCCUUGUACAAGGCCUCACUGCCAGCCGCAGCCCUCCCCCCGCAUUCGCAAUUGUCAUCUUCGUCCACGAAUCCUACGACGACAACAAGCUUAUCGCCCACCUUGGCAACCAUGCCAUAUCGAUCGCUGCCACUAAGCAUGGUGAGCCCCCAGGUCAAGGUUGAGACGGACCAUGAGGACAUUGCCAUGGACGAGGCAGAGGACACCAACGCAGAUCCUCCAUAUUCUCAACUCAUCUAUGAAGCUCUCUUCACUGCACCUGAGAAGAAGCUGCCUCUUCAGGGCAUCUACCUAUGGUUCGAGAAGAACACGGCAAAGGGGAAAGACCGGGGCUCCAAGGGCUGGCAAAACAGCAUUCGACACAACCUUUCAAUGAACGCGGGCUUUGAAGCCGUUCGAGAAGAAACGACGCCAGGCAAAAAGGCAGUAAAUUACUGGCGCUUGACCGAAGAGGCCAUCGCAAACGGCAUCCAAUCUACAACGCGGUAUAGAAAACAGGCGAAUUACAAAAAGUCAGCGGCUGCGGAUCCGCCGGCCCCUCAGCGUCAGCGGUCCGGAGCGAAGGGGGGCAAAGCUACGAAAGUCACCGCGAGAUUUCGCAGCGGCCAGAGCAUAAACAGCAUGGCUAGUAUGGGCCAAGAAGAACAUCUACGAGAACGAGGCUGUCGCCAGCACCAGCCUUUCCCGAGGCCAAAUCAUCCUCACCACCAAGCACAGCGAGUCAUUCCUUCCCAGCGACAGCACCAUCACAUUCUUCCCCCGACCAAGAACUUUCUCUCCAACCAAUACUUUCAUCGACCGUCCACGACACCAACAACAGCAACGCACUUGCCGCAAGGAGGAGGUGGAGGAACAACGCUCCCGCUAACACGCUCUCCAGUGGAGGGUUUCGAUCUGGGCAAUAUCGUUGGCUGUACCGACGCCCCUCCCUGCACGGCCCCUACUCCUAUUUUCUGUGACAUGGCGGGGCCCGGCCCAGAUUGCCUCGUCUUUGACACUGGGUUUCUGGGGUGGGACGGAAUGCAUCCGUCGUUUGCGAACUCUGAGAUCUCGACGGCGGAUCUCCAUGUCGGGUUAUGA